AUGUUUCUGGAGUUCGGUUUUCCUGUUGUCAGGGCGAAGGAGCGGCCGCCUGAAGGGAUUGUAUGGAUGAUCAAGAAGGAGUCAAGCACUGGGAUUCUCAAUGAUGCUCCCAGACUGGGAAAGACUGUCCAGGCACUCGGCCCUGCCUACUUUGCGGUCAUACAGCGAAAGACCGACUAA